AUGGGGAGCCCCCGGGCCGCGCUGCUGCUGCUGCUCGUGCGCCCCGCCAAGCUGCUGCGGAGGCGCUUCCGCCUGCUGCUGCUGCUCGCGCUGGUGUCCGUGGGGCUCUGGACGCUGUAUCUGGAACUGGUGGCGUCGGCCCAGGGCGGCGGGAACCCCCUGAACCGGAGGUAUGGCAGCUGGAGAGAACUAGAAAAGGCUCUGGCCAGCAGGAACAUCCCCGCAGUUGACCCAAACCUCCAGUUCUACCACCCCCCGAGGUCAGACCUCAAGGACCAAGACUUGCAGCGAGGAGGGAGCAGUAAUAGCAGCUACCUGAAGUGGAAUAAACCUGUCCCCUGGCUCUCGGAGUUCCGGGGCCACGCCAACCUGCACGUCUUUGAGGACUGGUGCGGCGGCUCCAUCCAGCAGCUCCGCCGGAACCUGCACUUCCCCCUGUACCCCCACAUCCGCACGACCCUGAGGAAGCUGGCCGUGUCCCCCAGAUGGACCAACUACGGCCUCCGCAUCUUUGGCUACCUGCACCCGUUCACUGACGGGCACAUCCAGUUUGCCAUUGCUGCAGAUGACAACGCGGAAUUCUGGCUCAGCCGGGACGACCGGGUCUCAGGCCUUCGGCUGCUGGCCAGUGUGGGCAAGACGGGGAAGGAGUGGGCCGCGCCGGGAGAGUUUGGAAAGUUCCGGAGUCAGAUUUCCAAGCCAGUGAGCCUCUCAGCCUCGCAAAGGUACUACUUUGAGGUGCUGCACAAGCAGAAUGAGGAGGGCACCGACCACGUGGAAGUCGCGUGGCGACUGAAUGACCCGGGGGCCAAGUUCAGCAUCAUUGACUCCUCUUCCCUCUCCCUCUUCACUAAUGAGACGGUGCUGAGGAUGGACGAGGUGGGCCACAUCCCGCAGACAGCGGCCAGCCAUGUGAGGCCCCCGGAGCCCCUCCCCCGAGACGAGCAGCCCCCCAUCGACAUGCUGCGGCCUGACCCCCGGGACACCCUUUAUCGAGUGCCUCUGAUCCCCAAAUCUCACCUCCGCCACGUCCUGCCUGACUGUCCCUACAAACCCAGCUACCUGGUGGACGGGCUCCCUCUGCAGCGCUACCAGGGACUUCGCUUUGUGCACCUCUCCUUCGUCUACCCCAACGACUACACCCGCCUGAGCCACAUGGAGACCCAAAACAAAUGCUUCUAUCAGGAACACGCCUACUACAGCGACAGGUUCAGCUUCCAGGAGUACAUCAAGAUGGACCAGCCUGAGAAGCCGGAGCCGGAGCAGCCAGGUUUUGAAGACAGCCUUUUCGCAGAAUCCCAGUACGGAGACGCAGCCGAGGGGAGCCCUGCCUCUGAGCCCUGGAGGUCCCGGGUGCCCGAAGGCAGACAAAUGUCUACCUCCACCCCGCGGCAGGAUGCCACCGACUACCGCCUCGGGAGCCUGCGCAAGCUUCUGGCUCAACCCCGGUACCAGCCCGCGGGCCCCUUUCCCAAACGCAACGCCACAGGGGCCUUCGCUGCGACUGGCGACCCUCCUGGGCAGCCACCGGAGAAGGCGAGGAGGCCCCACCCGGAGCCCAGCCGCCCAGCAGGGACGCUCCCCCCUCGGAAGGGGACCAGAGCCACCGGGCCGAGCCCCAAGAGGACCCUGGGGCAGUCCCAGUGGCUGAGCCAAGUCGAGUCCUACAUUGCGGAGCAGAGGCGGGCCGACAGGAUGGAGCCUCCGGUGCCCGGCGGGGACUGGCCCGGGGAGGAGGAGGUGGUGGCGGCUGCGGGGCAGGGAGGACGCGAGGAAGGAGAGGAAGAUGGGGAGGACGAGGAGGAGGACAUGAGGGAGGUGUUCGAGUACGUGCCCGUGUUCGACCCGGUGGUCAACUGGGACCAGACGUUCAGCGCCCAGAACCUGGACCUGCAGGCGCUCCGCACGGACUGGAUCGACCUGCACUGCAACACGUCGGGGAACCUUCUGCUUCCAGAGCAAGAGGCGCUCGAGGUCACGCGGGUCUUCCUGAAGAGGCUGAACCAGAGGAGCCGGGGGAGGUACCAGCUUCAGCGCAUCGUGAACGUGGAGAAACGCCAGGACCAGCUCCGGGGCGGUCGCUACCUCCUGGAGCUCGAGCUGCUGGAGCGAGGGCGGCGGCUGGUGCGGCUCUCGGAGUACGUGUCCACGCGAGGCUGGCAGGGCGCCGAGGCCGAGGCCCGCAACCUGCAGGGCCUGCUCUGGGGCCCCCACAACCGCCGGAGACGGGUCCUGAACGUCCGCAGCGCCGAGCCCAAGCUCUGCUGGCCCCAAGGCUUCUCCUGGAACCACCAAGCCAUGGUCCACUUCGUCGUGCCCGUGAAGAACCAGGCCCGCUGGGUGCACCAGUUCAUCCGGGACAUGGAGACGCUGCUGCAGGCUACGGGGGACCCACACUUCAACAUCAUCAUCACCGACUACAGCAGCGAGGACAUGGACGUCGAGAUGGCCCUGAAGAGGUCCAAGCUGCGGAGCUACCAGUACAUGAAGCUAAGUGGAAACUUUGAGCGCUCGGCUGGACUUCAGGCUGGCAUAGACCUGGUGAAGGACCCGCACAGCAUCAUCUUCCUCUGUGACCUGCACAUCCACUUCCCCGCCGGCUUCAUCGACAGCAUCCGCAAGCACUGCGUGGAGGGCAAGAUGGCCUUCGCACCCAUGGUGAUGCGGCUGCACUGUGGGGCCACCCCGCAGUGGCCCGAGGGCUACUGGGAGGUGAACGGCUUUGGUCUGCUUGGCAUCUACAAGUCAGACCUGGACAGGAUCGGGGGCAUGAACACCAAGGAGUUCCGGGACCGCUGGGGCGGGGAAGACUGGGAGCUGCUGGAUAGGGUCCUGCAGGCCGGCCUGGAGGUGGAGCGUCUGUCCCUCCGGAACUUCUUCCAUCACUUCCAUUCCAAGCGGGGCAUGUGGAGCCGCCGUCAGAGGAGGCGGCCGUGA